AUAGUGAAGAGACUGCCAUAAUGAGCGGUGGAAUAGCACCGAGUAAGUCGACGGUGUACGCCUCGAAUUUGCCUUUUUCUCUGACAAACAAUGAUAUUCAUCAGAUGUUUGAAUCAUAUGGAAAAAUUGUCAAAGUAACAGUUGUUAAAGACAAAAUUACAAGACACAGCAAAGGCAUAGCGUUUAUUCUCUUUCUCAAACCAGAAGAUGCCAUCAAUUGUGCCAGAGCUAUAAACAACACUCAGAUUGGCGGUCGAACCAUAAAAAGCUCAAUAGCUAUGGACAACGGAAGGAGCACCGAAUUCAUAAGACGCAGAGAUUAUCCGGACAAGUCUCAAUGUUGGGAAUGCGGAGAAGAGGGCCAUUUGUCUUACAAUUGUAGUCGCAAUACGCUCGGUGUCAGAGUUCCUCCUCCCAAAAAAGUCAGAUUAAGGAAGCGUAACAGAACAUCCGAGGGUCAAGCUGAUACGAGUUACUAUGACAGCGACGACGAUGACAGUGCUGCCAGAAAACCUAGAGAAACGAGUAGAAAUACCCAUCGUAAAGAGGAAGAAGAGGAAGAGGAUAAAAACGAGCCGGACGUGGAAACCCUUGGCGAGGCCAUUAGACUCACGCAAGAAGAAAUGGAGUCUGAGAGAUACAGGUACGAAGUAGCGAGUGGUCGAUACGUCGAACACUUGCAACAGGAAUCAUCGAUCCCUCGUAAACGUUUCAAAAAGGUUAAAUCGUACUUUAGCGAUGAAGAAGAAUUAACCGAUUGAGGAAUUUACAUUGCCACGAUUCGAGGUUGUUGACGCUGCAUUAAGUUUUCAGAACUUCCGCAUACAUGGCAAACGAUCGAUCUGACAAACUUUCGUUAUCCACUUGGAACCAUCGACCACUUGAGGCGCUCGGUGAUGGCUUAUCCUCAAAGACGCUUUUAAUACUGAAUAUUUGUUUAGAUUGUUGAGAACGUCGCUCAAUUAAGGCCUGACUCUCCGGGGAUAACGUCAAUUUUAUAAGUGUCAGUGCCUCUUCUGUAAAUAUGUAACAAAAAAAAUUCAAUUAAUGAAAUUUGAAGUGAACGGUGA